UAUGGUUAAUAAUUUGCCUCAAACAAUUGGAUUAGAUGUUAAAUGCAUGUUAUAUUAACAAUAAAAAAUUCAAUUUUGGGUAAUUUGUUGGAUUAAUUGUGUAAGGAAUUCGAUUCAAGUGAAGGAGGAUUGUUAGAUUUAGAAAAUAGAAUUAAUGAUUCCUUUAACUGUAUCAUGAUAAUUUUUGAAUAAUUUGAUGUUUUGUUGUUUAAGAAAAGAAUUAUAUAAGUUUAAAAGAUAUGUAAUGAAAAUAAAAUGACAGGAAAAGUUCCAAUACAUUUAAUAGGAAAUGAUAGAUUAGAUAUGAAAAUAUCUGGAAAAGAAAAUGAAAUUUAGAAAAUGAUAUAAACUAUCUAUGAUGGAAACAGAAUAUUUGUACAUAUUGUAGAUUUUACUUAAAUCAAAGAACUUAACAAUUUGUUAUAAUUUGUAUUCAAAGAAAAAUGA